UUAAUGAUAGAAAGUGACCCGUUGGGACAAGGCUAAUCUCAUCGUUAUUUUGAGUUGCUCGUGAAAGCGAACAAUUACAACGAGAGAAAACCUAAUCAAAAUCGUGUGCAUCAUCGUAAUAAUUGAGAGAGAGAGAAAGACAUCGAAAAGGCCGAAAAAGAAAGUCGAGUUUGAAUUGGGCCACAAGAGGCGCUGUCAUCGCGCGUCCAUAGAAGAGUGUCUAUUAAGAUUCUAUUCCAUGAUACAUCUGAGCGCAUACCGUACGUGCCUCUACUCUCUCUGCCUUUUUUUAGUGAGAAACGAAACACACACAAUUUCGGAAUAGGCGGGACAUUGGGUCUUGGUUGCGUGGCCUGCAGGCACACGACACCACUAGCCGGAUUCACGCCCUGUGGCGUUGCCGGGGAUAAAAUAACACAGAGUGUGUGUGUGUGUGUCGUAGAUACUAUUGCCAGAGGAGGUUUUUGAGCAUUUUCAAAAAGCUCCGUCGACGCAGUAGACAGUGCAGUCGUGCUACGAGCUACACGUGCCCAUGCGGUGGUCGGUCUAUUUCCAAAUUUCUCCCUGGUCGAUUGUUACAGUCGCCUAAAUUCUGUUCGAGGGUGGAAACAAGACAAACACAAACUGCAGCCGUCUGUGACGAGAACAUCCGUUGUUGGCCUGUCUUGUUUGAAAGCAUUAUCGGUGACGACAAGUGAAUGCGUUGACAUGAGGCGCAGCAGUUUGCCAGUCAGCCAUCUUUAAAUUGUAGGCCUCUCUUGGGCCUUGUUGAUUUCCCAAAGUCGAGGAACAGACACAGAUUUUGAUCGUCAUUUCUGGUGCUAGUGUUUUCGAGGGAUCGAGUUGUAGAAUUUUCUUAUCAACAUGGCAAAGAGUCCAGUGAUACAAAUGCAGAACUGGUUUCUCAACAAUCAGCAUCAGUGGUGGUGCGGACCGUCGAUGAGCUACGGGCACGACCAGUCGGCCUGGUUCGAGUACACGGAAGCACUUCAAGAUGCUACAGAUAUUCGGACACAAUUGAAUGAGCAACUGCGAUGUCUCGACUACCGGAUGGAGACGCAGAUUUCGGUGGUUGGCGAACUGCAGGAUUUCUUUCGACGACGAGCUGAAGUGGAGCUCGACUACAGCAAGAACCUGGACAAGCUAUCCAAAAGUUUAUCUGCCCGCCACAAGGAACAAAAGCAAAAAAGAGAGCAGUGGCACUUGUUUUCCAGCUACGCCUCGUGGCAGCAUCUGGUGGCGCAGACGAAACGUCAAGCUCGGGAUCACGCCCUACUGAGCGACAUCUACGCCAAUACAGUCAUCCAACGCCUCGGCCAGGUCACCGAAGAAGUCCAGCGCAUUUACCGACGCUGUCGCGAAGUAGGCUAUGAGAGUCACGAAGAGCUGUUGAAGGUGCUACACGAAUUACACGCGGCCAUGAAGACGUCGCAGAUGUACCAGCUUGAGCAGAGACAAGCCGAAACGAAGCUACGCUACGUCGAAGCGCAGCGACAGAAACUGGAAUCGUCGAUCGCUCGUGAAAAGCUGGAAAAAUCGAAAAAAUUCAAACUGAUCGAAAAAGAAAUCGCCAAACGACGGGCCAAAUUCAACGACGCCCACCUCAAGGCCCUGAAAGCCCGCAACGAGUACGUCCUCUGCAUGGACGCUGCAAAUUCGGCCGUCCACAAGUACUUUAUCGACGAUCUCUCCGACAUAAUUGAUUGUAUGGACAUCGGGUUCCAUAAUUGCGUCGGCCGAGCACUCCAAGUUCACGUUUCGGCCGAAGAAAACAUUCGACGUUCCUUACAAAUUAGCGUUGACGGCAUGAAUAAAUGUCUGAGUAAUUUAGACUCGAGGGCGGAUAAGCAACGCUUCCUGGAAGCCAAUCACGCAGCCUUCAUGAUUCCCAAAAAGUUUGACGCGGCCACCUAUCAGAACAAGAUUGACGAGGGAGGUUUCGAAUUGAUGAUGGUACCGCAGGUGCGUGAGGAAUUUGAGUCGCGCUACUUGCAGCUGCACAAACGGCUGACCUCGCUGCGGGCCGAGUCGGAGGAGGUGUGGAAGACGCUUGAAACGGCGGAGAGCUCGCUCAUGGAGAUGAUCUCGGCCAAGGACUACGACGUCACACCGUAUUUCACCGUCGCCGCAGCUAUUGACGACGAUAAGUUCCCACCAUCGACGGCCCCUCUCAAACAGCCAGAAGCCGCCCUGCUCAAAUUGCGCGCCGACCGCCAAGAAACGGAAGAUUUCUACCUCAACAAAUUUCACGAGUAUAUUCUUAAGUCCAACUUGAUGCACCGGCUGCAGGCCAAAUACGAAUUGAUUCACAAGGCGUUGGCGCAGGAUGGCUCCCAGCUGCCCACGUCCCCCAAAUUGGCUUCUCUGUCGGCCGUGGCCACAACACCAAACCCAUUAGGUGGUAAGCCACGGAGGCGAAGGAUUGGCCGCACACCACUCAUUGGUCAACCUAAACUCUUCGGUGGCAGUCUGGAAGAGUAUUUGGAGGCUACCAAUGAAGAGAUACCUUUGGUGAUGAAGAGUUGCAUCCGUGUCAUUAACCUUUAUGGGUUACACCAUCAAGGCAUCUACCGCGUCUCCGGCAGUCAGGUGGAAAUCAACAAUUUCCGCGAAUCUUUCGAACGCGGGGAAGAUCCGUUGGCCGACGUCACCGACGCCUCCGAUAUCAAUUCGGUUGCUGGCGUUUUUAAAUUGUACCUGCGCGAGCUGAGGGAGCCUCUCUUUCCAAUCCUAUUUUUUGAUCAGUUCAUGGAAUUGGCCCAGCUCGCUUCCAAAGAAGAUUUCAAAACUCGCAUGAGGGAAGUGGUUCAAACCUUGCCACGGCCUGUCUUUGUCGUUAUGCGCUAUCUCUUUUCGUUCUUGAACCAUUUGUCUGAAUACAGCGACGAGAACAUGAUGGACCCAUACAAUUUGGCCAUCUGUUUCGGCCCAACUCUAGUCCCGGUCCCUGAAGACAAGGAUCAAGUGCAGUAUCAAAAUCUGGUCAACGAAUUGAUCAAGAAUAUCAUUAUCAACGCUGAAGAUAUAUUCCCCAACGACGGCGGUCUCGUCUACGAACGCUACAUUUCCAGAGAGCCCGAUGAAGGGGAAGUAGGCGAAGCUCCAUCUGAUACCAUGUCGGAAGAAGUGGAUUCCGAAGUCUAUCCAUCAGAAGAUGAUUCAGUGUUUCGUGAGAAAGACAUCAGCUUGCAAUUGUUUGGAAAAGCGGAAACGCUGGAAGCGAUUGCCCAGUUUGAUUUCACGGCCAGAUCCCAACGUGAAUUAAGCUUCAAGAAGGGCGAUCUCUUGACGCUUUACACUCAAGUGUCGAGUGAUUGGUGGAAAGGCACCAAAGACGGUCGAGAUGGGCUCGUUCCCGAUAAAUACAUCAUGCUACGCAUCAGGGACGAGGACCGUGAACGUCUGGAAAUAGGUAAACUUUCCACCACCAGUGGAAGUAGCAGCUCAGAAGAGUCUGCCGCAGCUGCUCGCCGCCGGACAUCAAGUUCCAGCGAUGCGUCUGCUUCCUCGGCGCGACUUUCCAAAGUCCGCCAUGACAGUCGGGUGUUGACGGGUUCAGAAUCAAUUGAAUCGGAAUCACCUGCUCCUUCUCUGCCAUCACCUAGCUUGGAGAAACGUGUGCGAACUGGACCAACAGUAGCAUUGGUGCGACCGACAACCCUUUCAUGCCAGGGGCCUGCACUGCAUCCACCACCCAGUCCGAAACUAUCGACUUCAUCCCAAUCAUCAGUCACCAUCGUCUGCAAUAGCAACGGAUCUUCUACCGUCGUCUGUCCGAUAGUGACAACAACCGCGGUGUUGGAGAGUGUUGCCAAAGAGCAGAGCGUUCCAGCGGUAGCAACAGCGAUGGAGGGAGCGGUGGUAGCAGAUCCGGUGGUGCCGUCAGUGCGGAGAAUGGAGCAAGCAGCCAACGAGGUCUUGAUUAAUGCAACCCCAGUGACGCAUUUGGACGACAGCGGUGACAGGGACAGCCUGGCGGAAAGUCUAACACUCAGCGAUGAGAAGAGCCUAUGCGAUAGUUUCACUAGUCUAGACACGCUGGACCAAGAAAUGGAUCCUGAGUUGUCCGUGCCUGUCGAAAAGGUUCGGCCAGAGCCGUCUAAUCAAGCUGGCAGUUUACAGAAUUUGGAAUCUACGCUGGAAGCUGAAAACGUCCCCGUCUUCCGACGCCAGAGAUGGGAGACAAGGAGUAUGACUAACUUGGAACGCUCGAGUGGGCCUGAAAAGCCGAACAUUUCAGUAGGCGGUUGGAGCGUAGCCAAAACGACUGAAGGUGCGACCGCUGCCAAUGAUCUCGGUCCCAUAUCAGGGCCGACCAAGGGCUCUUUCGUUCGCAAACGUGACCUUUGGGAAAAGAGGACAUCAAUCACCUCUACGUCGACGGCAUCGGUGGCAUCGCCAGUCAUACCUUCACAACCUCAAAGACCGAAGCACACGCCCGACUUGGUGAUGGACUUGCCUCCUUCACUGCCGCUCAGCUCCAGCCCGAAAGAGGGCGAGACUUUGGUCGAUCCGGCCACCAGACAAAGGCAUGAAUCGGAGAGUAGCAGCAGCAGUAGCAACAGUUCCAGCCCCAGUAGUCCAGAUAUGACAACAGCAGCCGAGACGUUCGCCAUGCAGAAUCAGAGCACACUGAAGAAGAGUACCAUCAAACAGAUAAAGAAAGACAGAGCGGAUGCUGCCGUUGCAUCCGCUUCGGCUGCACCAACAGAGCCAACCGCAGCCGUUAUGGCCGUUGAGAUUACCGAAACACCGCCGCGACCAUCGGUUAAGGUCAGCGUAUCUACCUACGGAUCUGCAUCGCCCAUUUCAACAGGCAUCCGCCCCAUCACGCCCAAGAUAGCUAAUCGGUUUCCCCAUAGCAUCAACCUCUACGCCACCCCGAUGCCCGUCCUUCCCGUAGCGUUUGCAGCCGAAGCGAACGUUGCGUCUGCAAUGUCACCGGGCUCGGUUGACGCUAUCCGGCCGCAACUAAAAAUCAAGCCCCAAGUUCUCAAAAAACCCACUUUGCCCGUUUCAUUGAGUUCACCCGAAUCUUCGCGUCGAUCGGGUUUCGAUCAGGACUCUCAUCUUUGAAACCCGCUGCUUGAAUUUUAGAGGAAGGUAGUUGUACACACAUCACAAGGUAUUGAUGCGGGACCACAACCCGGGAAACCAGAUCGCUUCCAGAAUCCUUGCCAAAUUUUCCACACACGAGAAUAGAAACACCGAGUCCUGAGGGCGGAUUUUUUUUUUUGCAAUUCUUGCCGAUGAAUUGUCUUUUCCUAUACCGUUCGCGUACCUACGAAUGUCACGAGCCAGUCAAUGGUCCGAUUCCUGCGCUUGUCGUUUUUUUUAAAUUUUACGUUGUACUUCCUUCCACCGUCGCUGUCUGGUUCACCUUCAUGCGCUAUCUUCAUUUUUUUUAAAUCUAUACGUUAAAAAGUCCUACUUUGAAUCAAGAUUAAAUAUCGAUUCCCUGUGCUAUUUUCUAUCCAACAAAGUGCAAGUAUUAUCACGAUUCGUUUUUAAAAUUCCAUUCUGUCAAGUUGCAGAAUUUCCUCCAAUUUUUUUAUAUUUUUUUUUCUUUCGUAUUCUAAACACCUGUAGACCAGAAUACAAUAUUGAUCUUUUGAUCCGCGA